CACACCGACGAAUUUGUGCCGAACAGAGCCGAAGCGAAGCCGAACUACCACGAAGAUGAGACGAAAUUAGCCGAAGCUUUAUCAAACGUGAGCAGAACCGUCCGCUAUGAGACCUGCAGGAAGAGCUCAGCAAUCACGAUAGUGUAUUAGAUAAAUAAUUAAAAAAGGAUUAUAAUGUCUUAAUAUGUUUUAAAACGGCUCAUGUCAGUAGGUGUCCAUUGAGCUGCCUGUAAGAUGUCUAUGGUCCUGUUUGCCUCUGUGGUGAGAGUGAGGGAUGGUCUACCUCUCUCGGCCUCCACAGACUAUGAACAGGACAAAGGGCUUCAGGAGACUAAGAAACAUCUCAAGGGUCUGUCCAAAAAACUCAGCCAGUUUCCUGAUCGCUGCUCACUUAGAUCUGGCCUAUACAACAUCAAUUUUACAAGCUCUCUCGGAGUUGGGUACAUGAUGGUUUGCACAGAAAACUAUCCUAAUGUCCUGGCCUUCAGCUUCCUGGAUGAGCUUCAGAGAGAGUUCAUUGUCACGUAUGACACCAAGAGGAUCAACAGCGCUUUGAGGCCUUUCUCUUUUAUUGAGUUUGAUAAUUUCAUUCGGAAAACCAAGCAGCGUUACAAUAGCCCACGUUCCCUCUCCACCAAGAUUAAUCUGGCUGACAUGCAGACUGAGAUCAAGCUCCGGCCUCCUUAUCAGCUCUCCGCGGAGGACAUUGGAUCAAUCAACGGCUUCUCACAACACAAGCAGUCUAAAUAUAAAGGCAUAGCUCCUAAUCAAAUGUUGGAGGCCGUCACCCUAUCAGGUAUCAUCGCCUGCAUCCUAAGUGUCCUGUGCGGCGCUCUUAAUUUGCUGCGGGGAGUCCACGCAAUAGAAAGCGUAUUGCAGAACGAGGAUGAAGACUUUAAUUACGUAAUUGCUUUUUUCCUCGGAACCGCUGCCUGUUUGUAUCAGUGUUAUUUGUUCAUCUACUUCUCAGUUUGGAGGAACAUCAAAUCAUUCCUGGCUUUUGCUAUGAUCUGCCUAUGUAACAUGUAUCUGUAUGAACUGCGUAACAUGUGGCAGAUCCUCUUUCACGUGACGGUGGGUGCGUUCAUCACUCUGCAGAUCCACCUGAGAAGACCGCAGGGCAAAGCACCUGACUACAAUGUUUGACCCCUUGAACUCUUUUAAGACUGCAGAACAUAGCCCAGCAUUUCAACGAUGAACCUGUUUGCACCCAGUCUGAGGACAAAAGAACUAAUUGUUUUGAUAUUACUCAAGAAACACUUCCUGCUGUUUCACAUCCAAUUGAAAUCACAGAUGGGAAUCUGCUGUUUUGGUUAAAGAAAAAGGUUCAUAACGGUGACUUCAUCAGCGCACAAUAUUAGAUUCAUGCAUGAAAUAUUAAAGCAAAUUGCUAGCAGGUAAUUCAGAUGUGCACAAUUAAUAUAAUAGGGAAGCGUUGUAGUUAUUUUUUGUUUUAAUUGACUUCAGGGCUUAAAGAGACAGCUCACCCAAAAAUGAAAAUUGUUGUCAUUUCUUGAAGAACGUGGCUUCACGUGCCUGAACUCCAUACAAUGGUUACCAGGGUCUGUCAAAGAUAAAACAAAAACAAACAAGCAAUCAAACUACUAUAAAAUAAAAUCGUAAACUCAUAUAUGCCUAUUUUGCAAUAAAUGUAAAAUGUUGUUUCUAUAUACACAAUGAAAAGCUUUUAUAUAUAUAUCAUUUUAUAUUCAUUUUUAAUUAGUCUUUUGCUAUGUUUCAUGGGAUUGUAGUUACUCAUUUAAGCCGUUAAAGGGUUAGUUCACCCAAAAAUGAAAAUUCUGUCAUUAAUUACUCACCCUCAUGUCGUUCCAAACUUUUGUUCAUCUUCAGAUCAGUGUUUAACUGUGAAGAAAAACCUAAAUUAAAGCUGUUCGUCAUUUAAAGCGAUCGUCUCUCUUCAGAAAAUUUGGACUAAACCACUCAAUUCAUAUGGAUUACUUUUACGAUCUCUUUAUGGACUUUUUGAAGCGUAAAAUUUUCAGUUGCGUAGCUGUCUAUGGUGGGACAAAAAUCUCUCAGAUUUCAUCAAAAAGAUCUUCUUUUGUGUUCCGAAGAUGAACAAAAGUUUCACGGGUUUGGAGCAAUGUGAGGGUGAGUGAUUAAUGACAGAAUUUUCAUUUUUGGGUGAACUAACCUUUUAAGUACACAGUCUUGUAACUCUUUUUGUCCAGUUUUCAAAUAGUUUUUUUUUGCUUUGCAUCAAAGUUUGUAUUGUUGUGAUUCACCUCGUAGCUGGUUGGUUUGAUUCAUGGAUUAUAACUCUUUGAUGAAGGCUUUUUUAAAAUUACUAUGUGAAACAUACUUAAGGAACCAAGGCCUCUGAAAAAGUGGGCAUUGUUGCACUCUAGCUUUGUGUGAGAAACAGACCAAAAUGUAAGUUAUUAUUCAAUAAAAAUCUUGCUUGACGGUUGUGGUUAUUAUUCAUGUUUUAUUGUAUGGUAAAAAGCUGUUUAGACAUUCCAGCUAAACAUCUCCUUUUGUGUUCCACCGAAUAAAGAAAUGAUUAUGAAUUUUCAUUUUGGGUGAACUAUACUUUUAAGUUGACAUUUUAGUAUUCUUUUAGACGUUGUACAGUUGUUUCUCUAUUUUGAUUGUAAAAGCCAACUCAUAUGCAAGACUUUUUAUAGCUGCCUAUAUAUAUGAAAUGUAAUUUCCACACGCAUUUUUAUUUUGUCAUAUAGCCUAAUUUGUGUGUCACUGUGUUUGUGAUCAUUAGUCAGACGUCUCUGCCCUGAAAGCAUAAUCAGAUGUGUUAUUUGUCAAUCAAGUCUAUGCUGCCUGCAGGUGUGCUUCCUGCAAAUGAAUGUGUUUGGCUAAGAGGGAAAUGGAAUCACACUAAUAUACAGACUCCGUCGUUUUCCUUCAGUGUUUGCUGCCUUUUGUCAACGGGUCUGUUCAGUGACCAUGUUGAGUGGUAUGAAUGAGUUAUGUUUUAUUCUGUUUAUAUUCACCUGGCUUGUUUUGCAUCCUGUUUUCAUUGUGCAAAUGAUAGGUUGUAUGGAUGAUUGACAGAUCAAGGGUCAAGGGGUUUCAAAAUUCCCCAGAAGAUGUACAUGAAUUUCUUUUUCUCCAAGUGUCAGUGAUCAAAGGUUGCAUCUGCAUCAUUGCUUUGCAAAGACGGCAGCACAUCAAGUACCUCAAUGCUCUUUCUCCAGCAGUAGUGCAUUGCCCUUUGGCCUAAUGUUUGUUUGUACUCAAAGAAAAAGCCCUGUCCUGAAACCAUCAGUAAAAAUGAAUUUGUAUGAA